AUGUUCCAUGGAUUGCCAAGUGAAGACCCCAUUGACCACCUUGAUGAGUUUGAUAGGCUUUGUGAUUUGACAAAGAUCAAUGGUGUCUCUGAAGAUGCCAUCAAGCUGAGACUCUUUCCUAUGUCUCUAGCUGACAAAGCUCACCAAUGGGAGAAGAGCUUGCCCCAUGGCACAAUCACCACUUGGGAUGAAUGCAAGAAGGCCUUUCUUGCUAAGUUUUUCUCCACCGGUCGCACAGCCAAGCUUAGAGGAGAGAUAUCCAGCUUCAUCCAGCGAAACAAUGAGACAUUCGCAGAGGCUUGGGAGAGGUUCAAAGGCUACACAAGUCAGUGCCCACACCAUGGAUUCAACAAUGAAUCACUACUCUCCACUCUUUAUAGAGGAUGCUUGCCUAGGUAUAGGGAGAUGCUAGACACAGCUAGCAAUGGGAACUUCCUCAACCAGGAUGUAGAUGAUGGCUGGCAACUUGUGGAGAACAUAGCUAACUCAAAUGGAAGCUAUGGAGAAGAGUAUGAUCGCACCAAUCGGAGCUCGACCCACCACUCGAUCGAGUCAGACGAAAAGUUGAGAAAAGAUGUUAAGGCAUUGAAUGAGAAGUUGGAUAAGCUGAUCCUAGCUCAGUCCACAAUGAAGAAAGUCAACUUUGUGUCUGCUGAGGAGAUGGAACCAGUCCAAGAAGGGGAGGAUACACAAUUUGCUGAGGUGUGCUACAUGAGCAAUGGGCAAGGAGGUUACAACAAAGGAUACUAUAACUACAAGUCCAACCCUGCCAUGUCAUACCGCAACACUGAUGUUGCUAACCCUCAGGACCAAGUAUAUCCUCAACAACAAGCAGCUCGAUCGAGUCAGGUGCCACAACAUGGGUAUGGUCAAAAGAACAAUUACCAAGGACCACAAGGCACUUUCCCUGGACAACAAAUGAAUAUCCCACCAGGCUUCCCCCACCAACCGCCCCAGCCUGCACCUUCACAAGAGAAUGAGCUCAAGGCAAUGCUAAAGCAACUACUUCAAGGGCAAGCUGAUGGGGUAGUGGACACAAGCAAGAAGCUAGCUGAAAUAAACUCUAAGAUCGAGAACCUCAACACAAGGGUUUACUCUCUGGAGAAUCAUGCUUCUUCUGUUGCUGCUGCUACAAAGCAAGGACAACUACCUGGUAAAGCUAUUCAGAACCCCAAGGAACAGUGCAAGGUCAUCUUCACUCAAGAAGGACUUGUUGAAGAAGAGGAUCAAGAAAGGGUCAUUGAAGAUUUUUGUUUACUGCUGAAUGAUGAAGAGAUUGUUGCUGCUGAGGCUCCUGGAGUCCAGAUUGAUCAACCAGAAGUGCAUGCACCUACUGUGGCCAUUCACACUUCACCAGUUGAGCUCGCACGACAAGCUCGAUCGGCAGCUCGAUCGAGUCCAACUCUAGCUCGAUCGAGUCCGACCUCUUCUGUCCGACAGCCUGUUUUGCUUGAUCCUUAUCAACCGGUUGCCGCUUCCUCGUCUCGCCUACUUAGUCAAGGUCACAAGGAAGUGAUUCACAAGUUCAGAAGAGAUCUCAGUGGGAUUGGAAUUGAGUUGCCUCCUAUGGAUAGCAUGAGUGAGGCAUUUGAUCAAAUGCAAAUGGUCAAGGAUGUUCUAGCCAACAGUGAUAAAGUUUCAGAGGUCCUACAAGAGUCUACUCAUCAGUUCAACCUGCUUACUUCACCCACUUCCUACCAAAGGUCAAGGAUCAAGGGAAAUUCACUCUCCCUUGCACACUUGGGCAUCUUGAGAUUGACAAUGCCUUAG